AGAUGACGUAAUCGAUAAAAGUAAAAGCCUUACGUUUGGAUUCAAAGUUGAAUAUUUAAUUUGUACUCGAAUGUGAUAAAAUAUUACAUCAUUAAAGGCGACAACUUGUAAAUUUCAAUAGGUAAGUAUGUACCUAAAUAUGCAGAUAAAUUAUGAUUUACUUGCCCUUGAGUAGUUUUGUCAUAAUGUCAUAGCCUUCAUUUUCGUGUAAUGUUAACACGACAGAGAAGAAUCAACUUUUUCCACCAAAAGAAUGGUGACAGAACCUUAACAAAAAAUUUACUCCAUUGGCAGUAGGUAUUAGAUCAAGAGAAUACAGACAGAUAGAUACAUAGUACCUAAUACAUAAGUUAGAGCAAGAAUUCUGCAGUUGCUUCGUUCUAUUCAUCACCAGUAGUUCAAAAGUUAUCGAAAAAAAUGUAUUAUGAAUGUUGAAAUUGAUACAAUGUGCCAACAACACAUUCUAAUGAAGCAGCUCACAGCAGCUGAAGACACGACGUUGUUGAAGAUUACUCCCAAAAGCAAAGAAGAUACUACGAGUAAUUUACAAGAGGAAACGCCCCUCACGUCAUCGCAACUUCAAAGGAAAUCUCCAGAAACUUUAGAUGCACCUUCUGUAUGGUUCUCCAAACGAUUCUUCAUACUGAUUUUACUAUUUUUUGGUCACAUUAUGAUGGCAGUAGUGGGCCAAGUAACCAAUAUAGCGAUAAUUGAGAUGGUAUCGAAGAACUCGCAUUCGACUAAUGAUUCGAAUAAUUUCAUAUCACAAGACGUACAGCCCCCAAGAUACCAAUGGAACUCGAUGACCGUUAGUCUGGUUCUAAAUAUGUUCGCAUAUGGUUCUUUAUUCAUUCCAUUAGGCGGAAUCAUAUCGCAAAAAUUUGGAGGCUCGACAACGUUAGGUGUAACAAUGAUGCUGAGUGGAGUGGCACUGAUUUUUUCACCAUACAGUCUCUAUGUUAAUUUUUACGUUUUCUUGGCACUUCGAGGAUUGCUGGGAUUUUUUCAGGGUUUCAGCAUCGCCAGCUGUGCCACAAUUUUCGCUAAUUGGAUCCCAAAACCAGAAAGAUCCACGUGCGUGUCGUUGGUUAUGAAUGGUUUCUAUAUUGGAAAUGGCUUGACCUUUAUUUCAUGUGGUUAUCUCAUGCAUCGCUGGGGAUGGUCGAUGGCUUUCUAUAGCACAGGUACCCUAUGUUUUAUUUGGUCCCUGCUUUGGUUGAUAUUCGUUCCAAAUGAUCCAGCCGACGAUAAAAGAAUAUCUCGUAGAGAACUCUUGUACAUAAAAAAAGAAACUGGGAACGUUUCUCCCUCAAAUACCGGCAAUCCAUAUAAAGCAAUUUUACUCACAUCUUCAUUCUGGGCAUUGACCUUAUGCAAUUUCGCUUAUGGUUGGACUAACGCAUUCACGGUAGGGUACAGCCCUUCAUUCAUUAAAGAUGCAGUGCAAAUGGAUGUGAAUUUAGUAGGGUAUAUUUCAUCGAUUCCUAAUUUAGCCAACAUUUUUACAAUACCACUCGCAGGAAUAUUAAUGAGUCAUUGGCAAAAGAAGAGCAAAUUAAGAGAUUCUCAGAUUCACAAAAUAAUUCUUUGCGUCGGGUUUCUAAUUUCUUCGACUCUUUUCACAUUAAUUGUGAUCGCAAAUAAUUUUGUCUUAUCAAUGAUUUGCCUUGUAUUGAUCAAUGGAAUGAUUUCAUAUAGUCGUAUUCUUUGCGAAUUAAUCAAAGUCAGCAUGGCUCCUCAUCACACGAGUCUAAUUUCUGGAAUGGUUCUAUUCGGGCAAACCUUCGGUAUCAUAAUGGUGCAAAACUUCGUGGGAUACAUGGUUCAGAACCACAUCGUGAAGGAAUGGUACGUUUGUUUCCUGUGGUCAUCAGGGAUUUUAGUAUUCGUUGCAUCGGUGUAUAUAAUAUUCGGUUCGAGCGAACCGCAAUCAUGGUCCGUGAAUGUUCCUCAAGAAGCGAAUGUGAAUUUACGCAAUCAAAAUAAACAACUUUUAAAAUGAU